UGAUGUCUUGUUUUUUUUUACAAAUUUUAAUUACAUGUUUAGCUGAUUAAUUGAUGUCUAUUUUUGGUGUUAAACAAUUUAAAAGUUGCCAUCCUAUUAUUGAACUCAACAUUUUGUUUAUAAUCAAUCCAUUUUGAUUGUCAUCUAGAUAAAAGCCGAGAGGGAAACAUUUUACCAAUAUUUUACCAAUGGUGUUGAUGUUUUUUUUUGUUACCACUCCUGUAAUUCGUCAACUGGCCAAGUGAAACACUAUUUAAUUGUUGAUUCAUGCUUUGGGCAUUAAAUUAUCGUCUCCAACAUCAAGACUUGCCGCUUGAAUAAUGCCAAAUCCAUCGAUACCACCCUCGGAGCUAAAAAGAUUUCGCUUAAUGAUCAUACCCAUACUUGGUUUUGUUGGUGUAUCCCUUUUUUUCAAGUUAUGCUCAUCAUUUGUUUACCGUUUCCUAAUUGAACCAUUUGCUUUAUCAAUUAAUUGGUUUUCAUUCGACCCAAAGUCAAACAAAAUGUGGAAAUGCCGUAAAUGUGGUAAAGCUGUUUAUUUUGCUGAAAGAAAAACAUCUUUAGGUUAUGACUGGCAUCCAGAGUGUCUUAGAUGUGAAGAGUGUGCCAAAAUUUUGAAUCCCGGACAGCAUGCUGAGCACAAAGGAGUUCCUUAUUGUAAUAUACCAUGUUACAGUGUCUUAUUUGGUCCUUCCCUUUACGGCCAUGGAUCACGAAUCGAAUCACAUAAAUCUUUUGGUAAACCAAAGGAACCUGAAUUUCAACAAGGAAUUGAAAAGUCUUUGAUUGAACAAAAACUAAAGGAAUAUAAUGCCUACUUUGAAUGUAAACAGCCAGCCAAUGUAAUCAACUGCCGCGAGAGAAAUGGUAAACUUGUUUUGGAAGGAUCAUUACGAAUCCAUUGGGAUGUUAGUAAAGAAUUGAUUCUAAAAGAGGAAAAUGAUGAUCGUAUAUUGGUUUUAAGACGGCGAACUACUUAUGUCAAAAAGCGCACCCGUAAAGAGGACAAUGACAAAAAUACCGAUGAUUCUAGUGACGGAAUGGAAGACGUUAACGACAAUGAAAGCUGCAAAUCAAAUGACAAGCCUAAUAAUUCCAGAUUUAUCCAUAACUAUCGCACAUUAUCAUCCAAGUGCUCAUUAGGUGAAAAUAAAUUGGAUUCAAGUGAAAAGAAUGGCACAAAGGACAGCAAUGAUGUAAUUAAAACUAUAGAUGCAACCUCAACCAUCGAUGGAACAAAUGUUGACAGUGAUUACGAGUCGAUUAAAGAUGGUAAAGAAAAUACUGUUGAAUCCAAUAAUCAAGUCAAAUCACCUACUCGUCGCAAUAUCGUCAGAGGCUCUCGAGUCAAAUUGAAAAGACGGUGUUCCAUCAACGGGCAUUAUUAUAACCGGGAAACAUGUGUCUUUACUCCAGUCCAAGGAAGUCUUACCAGUGUUUGGUUAACAAGUUUAGUCAAUACAAAUGAGGUUAUCAAUUUAUUGUUGGACAAAUUCAAAGUAACCAAUGAGCCACAAAAUUUUUCACUCUUUAUUGUCCGUGAUAAUGGUGAAUGUAGACGAAUCAUGGGCAAUGAAUAUCCCCUGUUAACACGAGUCCUUCUAGGACCAGAUGAAAAUGCGGCUCGCUUUUACAUCUUAAACAAGGACAACACAGAGAUUUCCAAUGAAGUUGCUCAGUAUUUAAAUUUUUCAAACGUUGAAUUGCAAGUUUUCCUCGAGAAGUAUCAUGAACAGGAGCAGAAUGAAAUCGAGAAGGUUAAAAAUAAAUACAACAUAUUAAAAGAAACGCUUGAGCAGCUGAUUGAGUCUAAAAGCUCAACUACCAUUGAAAAGCCAGCCAUUAAAGGAUGACAUCUUUAUAACCGAACCAUUAUUCGUUUCUUUUUGUAACAUUGUCUUCGCACAACCAAUCGAUUGAUAAUUUGUUGACAUGAAACCACGAAAGACCCAAAUAACCGUUUGAAUCACUGGAUAACACGAGACUGUGAAAAAUACUGAUCAUAGUUGUCAUACUUUGUAAAAUGAAUCAUUAACUUACAAUGUUGUAUUUCCUUUCAUUGCUCAUCGGAGUUAAUAUUAUUUGUAUAUGCAACCUGAAGUGCCAAUAAGCGACAGUUAUCAUUAUAAAAAAAUCUUGUUCUCUUGACAAUUUCAUUUGAAUUGCAGCUUAUAUCUUACUAAUUCUGUAAAACAAACUCAUUGUUUCUAUUUUAUACAUUAAACUACAAUCCAUUUUGGAUAUUUGUUCAAUUCA